AGUCCAAGUACAUGAACAGCUCCGAAUAUAACGUCACGUGAUGUCAUCUCAAGAUUACGUAGCUCGUUGGAUAUUCACGAAGGGAGAGGCUCAGUAAUGUCUUUUGUGAACGAUGACAUCAUGUCACUCACGCCCUGAGGAAGCAGGUGAAAAGAAGUUAAACCAGACAAGAGGGCCACGUUGAGUAGAUUUGUACCGCAAAGAAUCCCAGAAUACAAAAAUGGCAGACUUGUGGGAAGAGUUGCAAAGUGUUGCGAAUGAUGCUCCCGCUUCAUUCACAGCAGCGCCAGGGGAGAGGGGCACCAUUAAAGCCAAAGCUAACUUUAAUGUCAAUGAAGAUGUUGCAGCUCUCCGCAAAGCGAUUGAAGGCAUAGGUACAACUGAGAAGACGUUGAUAGAGAUACUGACCCACAGGAGCAGCAGUCAAAAGCAGGCUAUUUCAAAGGCAUACCAAGAAACCACAAAGAGGAUUCUUGUUAAUGACUUAAAAGGCGACACUCAGGGGAACUUUGAAAAGGUGCUUGUUGCGCUCGCAAGACCUCCUGCGGUUAAUGAUGCUAAAUGGAUAAACAAAGCAAUGAAAGGGGCUGGAACGGACAACAGUAUCCUGAUAGAAAUUCUUUCCUCACGGACAAAUAAACAAAUCAAGGAGCUGUCUGCAGCAUAUUCUGAGGAAACAAAGAAAACGCUGAUACAGACCCUAAAGACUGAAGUUUCGAGAGAUUAUGGCAAAGCCAUCCUUUUGCUUGCCGAGGGAGCGAGGGACGAGAGCACCAAUGUGAAUGCAAACCAGGCUAAAGAGGACGCAAAGGCCCUCUAUUAUGCGGGCGAGAAAAAACUGGGAACUGAUGAGUCCAAGUUCAUUGAGAUCCUCUGUAAAAGGAGCAUCCCUCACCUGAGACAAACAAUACUGGAAUAUAAAAACAUCAGUGGCAAGACUUUGCAGAAGAGCAUCGAGAAGGAAAUGUCUGGAAACCUGGAGGAGCUGCUGGUUGCUAUUGUAAAGUGUGCAGUGAGUGCUCCUGCAUACUUUGCUGAAAAACUCUACAAAAGCAUGAAGGGAGCAGGUACAGAUGAAACCACUUUGACCAGAGUAAUGGUCAGCCGUGGAGAGAUCGACAUGCUGGACAUCAGAGCUGAAUACAAGAAGCUCUAUCAGUCUUCACUCUACAAGGAAAUAAAUUCUGAUGUGUCUGGCAGCUACGGUGAAUGCCUGAAGAUGAUUUGUGGAGGAGAAGACUAAACCAGAAAUACCACUGAAGAUGUCCUAUUUAGUUCUCUUACAAUAGGUUGAUCCAUCGUGUCCUGUAUGGCAAGCCCUUCGGAUGUUAAAUUUUAAAUCUUUUAUAAAAUAGUUUUAUUUAAUAACAUUUUUUUUCUCAGGAAAUAUAUCAUUUAUAUGUCUGGUUUACUGCAGGAAAAGGUACAGUGUAAGAUUUAAAUUGAUUUAUGAUUCAUAUUUAAUGGUAGUGAAUAGCAUGAAAAAAAUUGCUUAAACCCCAUUGCAACUCUGAUAAAUCAUGAAUAUUCAAAUAAAAAAAAAAAUACUAUGCAUAUUUCUGCAUUUCAGU